UGCGUACUUCCGGCUGCCGGGUUGACAUGAAGAAGCAGCGGCUAGGGCGGCGGUAGCGGCGGGAGUCGAGUCUAGCAGCGGGACUCCCGGCUGAGUGCGCGACGCGGCCUAGAGCGGCAGACGGCGCAGUGGGCAGAGGAGGAGGCGCAGCAGCCGCCCUGGCCCGUCAUGGAGAUGGAAAAGGAGUUCGAGCAAAUCGACAAGGCCGGGAGUUGGGCGGCCAUUUACCAGGAUAUCCGACACAAAGCCAGUGACUUCCCGUGCCGAGUGGCCAAGCUUCCCAAGAACAAAAACCGAAACAGGUACAGAGAUGUCAGCCCCUUUGACCACAGUCGGAUUAAACUACAUCAGGAAGAUAAUGACUACAUCAAUGCUAGUUUGAUAAAAAUGGAAGAAGCUCAAAGAAGUUACAUUCUUACUCAGGGCCCUUUGCCUAACACGUGUGGUCACUUUUGGGAGAUGGUCUGGGAGCAGAAGAGCAGGGGCGUGGUCAUGCUCAACAGAGUGAUGGAGAAGGGAUCGUUAAAAUGUGCACAGUAUUGGCCACAAAAAGAAGAAAAAGAAAUGGUUUUCGAAGACACAAAUUUGAAGUUAACGCUGAUCUCUGAAGAUAUUAAGUCAUAUUAUACAGUGCGACAGCUGGAGUUAGAGAACCUCACGACUAAAGAAACUCGAGAGAUCCUGCAUUUCCACUAUACCACGUGGCCUGACUUCGGGGUCCCCGAAUCGCCAGCCUCGUUCCUGAACUUUCUGUUCAAAGUCCGCGAGUCGGGGUCGCUCAGCACAGAGCACGGCCCCGUCGUGGUGCACUGCAGCGCCGGCAUCGGCAGGUCGGGGACCUUCUGUCUUGCCGACACCUGUCUCUUGCUGAUGGACAAAAGGAAAGACCCCUCUUCGGUUGACAUCAAGAAGGUCCUGUUGGAAAUGAGGAAGUUUCGGAUGGGACUGAUCCAGACGGCAGACCAGCUCCGUUUCUCCUACCUGGCUGUGAUCGAAGGUGCCAAAUACAUCAUGGGCGACUCCUCGGUCCAGGAGCAGUGGAAGGAGCUCUCCCACGAGGACCUGGAGCCCCCGCCCGAGCAUGUCCCCCCACCGCCCCGGCCUCCCAAACGCAUCCUGGAGCCACACAAUGGGAAGUGCAAGGAGUUCUUCCCAAACCACCAGUGGGUAAAGGAUGAGUCCGAGGAGGAUAAAGAGGAUGGCCCCAUCAAGGAAGAAACCCGAACCCCCUUAAGUGUCCCCUGCAGCCUGGACAGCACGAGUCAAGACACUGAAGUCAGAAGGCGGGCCACCGGGGCAGGUCCUACCCAGGGGGAGCCGUCGCCACCUACGGAGGAGCAGGACCAGGCGCUGACUCACUGGAAGCCCUUCCUGGUGAACGUGUGCAUGGCCACGGUCCUCACGGCCGGCGCGUACCUCUGCUACCGGGUGUGUUUCCACUGACGGCCGUGCCGGCCGGGCUGCGAGCACGGGGAGCACUGGCCAGCAGCCCGGCCUCGGCGUCCGGGGCUGCGGGGGGUCUGAGCCAGUCUCGGGAGACACGGAUCAAGGCGUGGAGUCUGGAACUGUGAAGGGCUAACAAGAGACAACUGAGGAUUGAUGCACUGGGGUUUUAAGGAGCCCUGUGGUCCCAAGAACACAAGCAUCCAAUCUCAGGGCCUUAACCUAUUCAGGAUUACGUAGAGAAUAUGCCAAAUACAUCUGUCUCUCUUUCUCUCUCUCUCUCUUUUGUUUUUGUUUUUUUUUUAUUUGUUUGUUCGUUUGUUUGUUUUUGAAAAAAGUACAAUUACAACACAUUGUUGUUUUUAACCUUUAUAAAAAGCAGCUUUUUGUUAUUUCUGGGAAACAAAAAAAAAGACUAGGCAUUUGGGAAACUUCCCUACACCCUUAGGUGGUGUGAUCCGAUACACAGUUUCUGUCUGAUUUCCCAGGGCAGGACUCCCCCGCGCUGAGGGACGCGGAGUCCUCUGGAGAGGACGGCGUGAGGGUUUGGGGCGCUGUCUUGCUCAGUCACUUCCUCUGCUGCGCGCGUACUGAGCUUGGGAGGUUCCUGCCGGCUUUCCCGGCUUUCGAAGGAGAAACAGCAAAAGGCCAUCUCUGGAGAACAACACCUGCUGUGCUUUCGCUCAGGGUGUCCCCGCUGGUUUCCCAUCACGCACUUCUCCAUCGGUCCCUUCUUACUGCCCCCUUCUUGCCAUGUCCCGCCCUCAGCAGCCAUCCUCCAAAGCGGGGUUCCUCGAGCCCCCUGCCUCCGGGACAGAGGUCCCCCUUCUCACCCCGCCACUGCGGUCCAGAAGGAGCCGGUUCCUGUGUGGUUUGGAGUGGAAAUGCGCACCCAAGAGGUGGGUCGCUGUUCAAGUAAGGGGAAGGGACCCAGACGGCUUCAAAACCGUGUUCGUGGGAGUCACCCCCCGAGACUUCCUCAUUUCAAAAUUUUACCUCUUUUCAAGCAGCCACCUCUGAGUGCAUCGGGUGGUUGAACAACACACAGUUUUUCCCUUAGGGAUGAUUUUUAGAAGGGGCAGGGGCUGUUAUGAAAAAGAAAUCGAAGGCCCUUCCACCGGAGUGUCCGGGGAGGGGGUCUGGGGGAGGCCGGGUCAGCGCCAGGCCCGCAGCUCUGCCGGCCGGGUCCGGGCUCGACGGGAAGUGUCCGCUUUCAUCCCACUGUCUGUCCAGCAACAACUCACAGCCCGGCCCCCUCCGCCCCACUGCCAGCCUCCGCUCACGGAGCCCGCCCCGGCGAGCAGGCGGGCCGGGGGCGGGGAGGGCCUCUGCCCCGCACUAAAGCUGCGCUCCCGGCUGUCGGUCUUCCUCCUUUUUCUUUUACGUCUCCCCCCCUCCUCUGAGCACCAAAUCCACAACCCAGUUUUUGAGGAGAGCAAAAGAGAGGGCCAUGCUGGCGGCACACAGGAAGGGCGGCCCGUGCGCGCCCCAGGCGGGCGGCACGCGGCACCUCCCGGUGGACUCCGCGGGGGCGGUAUGCCAGGAGCCUCUCCACUCCGUAUUUAUUUAUUUUUUAUUUUCCCCCCAGAGGUGUCUUUAGUGCAUUUUCUUAAACCAAUAAUGUAUUAGAGUUUUUUGAUGUCAGCCUUGCAUCAAAGGCUUUCUCAAAAAAUACAAUAAUAAACCCUCAGGUAGUGCUGGGAGCGUGGGACCUUGCAGUGCGCCUGCCGCGUCGGGCCAGUGCUAGGACGGUGGGCGGCCGUGAGCAGUGGCUGUUCGGUGACACUGCGGGCGACGUGAGAGGAGGCUUGGCCUGUGUUUGCGGAGCAGUGGGAUAAUGUAUAGCGAACACUUGGAUAUUCACCAUACAGGACGGGGGAGGACUCGGCCCGGUUACCCCCCCCCGCCCCCCCGCCAGCUUUACCUGCUAGACCCUUGCCCUCCGCCCCACUUUCCCCGCGUGUACCAGAAUGCAUGUUCAGUCUUCUCGUGCCCUGGCCGGGUGCCGCGUGCUCGGCGUGCUGGGAUCCCUGCUUCCUGAGGUGCCCUCGUGUGUAAGUCCAGUCCGCCCUUGCGUGACCAGACUGCUGCGUGGCUGUGGCUCCUAGGGCCAGCGCCGAACUGCUUGCUGUUCAGCACCGGAGGGAUGUUUUCCAGUAACAGAUAUUCGCCUGAUUCCUGGCACGACACUCUGGCGACCUCCUGGUGACGCCCGGCCUGUGCUGGUCCAGCUGGGUCCCCCUGUAACUCGGACAUUCCAAAGGGACGGGCAGCCGGAGUCACACCUCACGCUCUGGACAUCUAGACAAGCAGGGUCUCCUGCUCACGCACCUUCGGGGUCAGCCUCCUCCAUCCCAAGUUCACACUCUCCUCGAGACGACCGUAAUGUGGAACUAAGGCAACUGUUGGAAACCACACUUCUUGAAGCAUCCUGGAUGUGACGGUCCCCUGGAGCCGGCUAGCUGCCGUCACAGCUGGGAGGGCCGUGCUGACCGAGGCGGGCCUGCCCCUGCCCUGGAGCCCUGGGGACCCAUGGUGCUCACGACUCUUCCUGCGUGGGGGACUUACGACCUCCACGUUAAGUGGCUUUUUAACGAGAAAAAAGGCAGCUGUCACUCACGAGCUGCCCUUCUGCCAGCAUUUUCACAUUUUGCCUUUCACGUGUGAGGAGCCCGCGUAGCGCGAUUCCGGGGAGGGAACACCCGAGGCAGAGCCCCGCGGAGCCCCGUGAGGUGUGGGUGCGGCCGAGGUGCCAGGCUGUGAGCGUUUUGAGUUGGGCUCGUCUGUCUGUUUCCGAAGUCCUGUACAUGUAUGUAGUAGUUCGGGUGUGUACAUAUAGUAGCGUUUCAAAGUGGAUGUACUGGUUCGCCCUCCUCCCCUUGGGAAGCAGAUGGCCCUCCAUCUUGUUACACGUAUGUUAGAGAAGUAGCAAGCUGCUCUGCUAUAUGCCUUAAGCCAAUAUUUACUCAGCGGGUCAUUAUUUUUUACAAUGGCCAUGGAAUAAAACAUUUUUACAAAAAUAAAAACAAACAAAAAAAGCGAGGUGUUUCGGAAUGAUGCCUUUUCCGGUGUGUGUAUCCGUGGCUGCAUGACGGGGUGGGGCGGGGGGCGCGUCUCAGGGUCUUCUGUGACCUCGCAGAACUGUCAGACUGCACAGUUGUCCAACUUGCCAUAUAAAUGAUGGGUUUGCAUUUUAGUUGCAACAAUAAAAUUUUUUUUUCUAAA